ACGGCGAGCUGUUAGGUAACGCGGUAACGAAAAUGUCAAUUUCAUCAGCCUUUAAGGAUCAAGAGAUUUUCGUGACUGGCGGGACGGGUUUUCUCGGCAAGGCGUUAAUUGAGAAAUUGUUGCGUUCAUGUACCAGCUUAGGUAAGAUCUAUGUCUUGCUACGCCCCAAGAAGGGUCAAUCGGUCGAGCAACGUUUGAAAGACCAACUCGACUCGAAAUUAUAUCAACGUCUCAGGGAAGAACAGCCGGAAUCAUUGGCCAAAGUGAUUCCCAUACGGGGUGAUGUAACGGAAUUGGGAUUAGGUAUAAGUUCCGUCGACUUGAGUCGUUUGAACAAUGUAACCGUCGUCUAUCAUUCGGCGGCCAGUGUGCGAUUUGAUGAUCCUUUACGCUCUGCGAUCCUAAUGAAUACACGUGGCACGCAUGAGCUCAUCAAAUUGGCUUUGCAAUGGAAAAAACUGAAAGCCUUUGUCCAUGUAUCAACUACCUAUUCGAAUCCCAGUGUUCUAGAGGUGGAGGAACGUGUCUAUCCACCACUAGCGGAUUGGCGUACAACCAUCAAAUUGGCUGAGACCUAUGAUGAGCAAACACUCAAUAUAUACAGUCUAAAAUAUGGCAACUUCCAACCGAAUACAUAUACAUUUACCAAAAGCCUGGCCGAGCAUGUGGUCAAUUCCUAUCGGGAUCAGUUGCCCAUUUUUAUAUUUAGACCCUCGAUAGUCAUAUCCACAUUGGAGGAACCCGUUCCGGGUUGGACAGAUAAUUUUAAUGGUCCCACUGGUCUUUUGGUUGCCUGUGGCGUUGGCAUUUUACGUUCACAGAACUGUGAUCCCGAUUGUAUUGUGGAUUUCGUGCCCGUGGAUAUUGUAGUGCGUGGCCUAAUCAUAGCUGCAUAUAAAUAUCUAAUCACACCCACUCCAGUUAAAACAAAGAGUCUAGAAAUAAUGGAAAAGGAUGAUAAACCUUUAUAUGUGGUCAAUUGUGCGACAGCAAACAUAUCACCUAUAACCAUGGGUCAGGUUAUUGAUAUAGGUAAGACCUAUAUCAGACAGAAUCCAUUCGAAAGAACACUUUGGCUACCGGGUGGCAGUAUAACCCUUUGCCCCGUACUGCAUUUUAUGAGGUUCUUUACCAUGCACAUUAUGAUGGCCAUUGUGGUAGAUACUCUUUUGCGUCUGUCUAAUGAGAAACCCUUCCUUCUUAAACUUCAACGUCGCAUUUUUGCUGCAUUUAGUGCCUUGCAAGUGUUUGCAACUACCGAAUGGCAUUUUCAAAAUCAAAAUUUUCGCGCCCUGCACGAUAUGGUGCAACAAAAUGAAAUUGUAACAUUUGGUUUCAUGCAACAUUCAAAUAUUGAUUAUGUGGCCUUCUUUCGGAAUGGAAUACGCGGAGCCAAGGAAUUUCUAUUAGGCGAGAGUCCGAAUAGCAGUAAAGCGGCACGUUUUCGUUUAAAAAUAUUCUAUAUUCUGGAUUUCACGAUUCGAGCAGUGAUUUAUGGUUUUUUGAUGUUCCUGCUGUAUAAAUUGCUUCUGAAAAUAUUCUAAGAAUAUGUUAUACAUUUCGUUCUAGUUUACGUUUUUUUUUUUUUUGCGUAGUUUUAAAUGGUAACGGUUAUUGUAAAGACGCCAUCUGUUGGAAAAAAAGGGUGAGCAGAUGCAGCACUCUCAAAAUGCAUUUUGUUAUUGUUAUCGAUAACUUAUCGAAGUACAAGUCUGAGUAAAAAACAAAAUGGCUCGC